CCUGGCAACCGUCGCGCAGCGUCUUCCUGAGGGAGCUCCUGUCAGCCGGAGGAUCCCGUCGCCCGCUCCCCACUGCCCCGCAAUUUUCGCGUGGGCUCAGAGGCGGAACGACAACAAAAAAUGGCGGAGCGGAGCCAGACGGCGCCUGAGGCAGGCAGUGAUAUGGGAAAUGAUGAUGCCAUCGGAGGGAAUGUGAGCAAAUAUGUGGUGCUUCCAACUGGAUACUGUGGACAGCCCAAGAAAGGACAUCUUAUCUUUGAUGCUUGCUUUGAAAGUGGUAACCUUGGACGGGUGGACCAGGUCUCUGAGUUUGAGUAUGAUUUAUUUAUUAGGCCGGACACCUGUAAUCCUCGCUUCCGAGUCUGGUUCAACUUUACUGUUGAAAAUGUGAAAGAAUCACAGAGAGUCAUUUUCAACAUUGUUAACUUCAGCAAAACUAAAAGUCUUUAUAGAGAUGGGAUGGCCCCUAUGGUGAAAUCUACCAGCAGACCAAAAUGGCAAAGACUGCCGCCCAAAAAUGUCUACUACUACCGCUGCCCGGACCAUAGGAAAAAUUAUGUGAUGUCCUUUGCAUUUUGUUUUGACCGAGAAGAAGAUAUUUACCAAUUUGCUUACUGCUACCCUUACACAUACACUCGCUUUCAGCAUUACCUUGACAGCCUGCAAAAGAGAAACAUGGAUUACUUCUUCCGGGAGCAGCUGGGUCAGAGCGUGCAACAGCGGCAGCUUGACCUCCUGACGAUAACCAGCCCCGGUGAGUAG